GUGCUCCGCACAAGGUCACGAUCCUCGAUAUCUGGGAUCGACCGCGUUCGGGUACGAUAAGCCUCCCCUUCAAGUCCAUCCCACUCAUAUCCAGCGGCACGUCGCCUCGACACGAUCGUCCAUGUCUGCCGAGAAAUAUGUGGUCCCCGCUGACCUGGGCGAUAUAUCCAAGUAUUCUCUCAUCCGCUCACCCCUCAAAGUAUCUCGAGUAGUUCCGCGCAAGGACGGGCUUGAGGCGGGAGUUUGUUUCCUUGAAUUGACGUUUAAGGAGCUUCAAUACUUGCAGAUGUUACUAGAACAUGCGGACGGCCCCACGUCACAAGCUCUAGGAGGAGAUGUCGAAAGGCUUCAAUCCACGUAUCAUAUGCUCAAAGAGCGACAAGAUAAUCUGACAAAUGCGCCACCGAGCACGAACCCAUUCAAUAAGUUUUUCAAGUAUCGGGAAACGCGAAGUUUCUCCACUGCAGCCCAUAAUCUCCUUUCCGUCAGUGCGCUCGACUCGCAGGCAAAAUCGGAGGAGUACGACGGAAUUAUCACCAUUCCUAGGGACAGUACUGAGCACGUCGAAUCCGUUGGAAUUCAAGUUACUCGUGACGACCCUAACGAAAGGCUCUCCGCUGAAGAAGCGCAUCUCUUGUCCGAAGCCACUCACUACGCAAGGGUGGACCCAAGCGGUCACAUUGAUCAAAGGGAGCGCAACUCUAUUGAAAGUGUCGCUACAUUUGUGACGUGCCCACCUAUUCCACCUGAAAAAACGCAAGGCGAUCUGUCCCUGCAGCAUCACGAAGGGUCUACGCUCCAGCGGGAUGCAACGUCGACGGCGUCGUCGCCUCCACACUUGAAUAGAAUUCAAGGUCCGCUUCAACCAUAUAUACACGCCCACAACUUGAGGAAUACUUCCGCAACACGUGGCGAUAAUGACUCGCCGCAAACCGAGGUUUCUGCCUUCACGUCCCCAUCAGCAUCGGAUCAAGCCACACCUAUGGGACAUUUAUACAACCUACAUGUAUAUAACUUCCAUGUUCCCUAUCCUUCAGAGUCUCCGCAAGGAGCUCUGUCCCAGAGCGGAAUUACCUUUAAUCAGGUGUCUGGAAGCGGUCACGUCGUAGGCGUUUAUUGGAGGUUCCAACAACAGGGGAUCAUCGUUCAAUACCCCAGUAACACCAUCCGGGACGGCACCUCCGUCGCCUCACUAACCUCGGAUCGGUAA